AACCACGCGUGCCUGCCCAAUGCCUCCUUUGUGUACUCUGCGGGCGGCCGCCAAGUGGUGCGCGCCCUAAGGGAUAUAGCCGAGGGCGACGAAGUCACUUUGGCGUAUAUCGAUGGGCUCAAGCCAAGAUCGGAGAGGAGAAAGACGCUGGAGGCUGUGUAUUUCUUCACGUGCCAUUGCGAGAGGUGC